GUAUACAUACCUCAUAUAUUGAGAUCCAUCGACCCACUGCAGCAGCGGCUUGGCCCACCCCCACGACGUUCGCUCGUUCACGCCUCGAUCGGAUCACUUUUGCGGGGUUUUAGUGCGACGGCGCCUGGCGUGAGCAACUGGCUGUCCAGUCAAUCGUUACAUUACCUAAGGCGGUGUGCUGCCUGCUCUGUGUCGCUCUUCUCGGAGCUCGAAACCAUGCCCGCUGCAUCCUCUUCCUCUCCCUCUUAUUCACACCCCUCAUCCUCAUCCACACCCUACUCCCGCCUAUCACAAGUCGCCCACCAGAUCGCCCCAAUGGCUGCCACCACCACCUCUUUCAGCGCCGAAGUCGUCCCACAGGCCCCCGAAGACGCCCUCUUCGGCCUGGCUGCUGCAUUCCGCCGCGAUCAAGACCCCAACAAGGUCGAUUUGGUCAUUGGAGCCUACCGGGACAACAACGGAAAGCCGUGGGUGUUGCCUGUGGUCCAGAAAGCCGACGACCUCAUCCGCAGCGACCCCAACACCAACCACGAAUACCUGCCCAUUGCCGGUCUAGCCGACUUCACCGCCGCAUCCCAGAAACUCGUCCUCGGCGGAGACAGCCCCGCCAUCAAAGACCAGCGUGUCGCCAGCUUCCAAACAGUCUCGGGCACCGGUGCUGUGCACUUGGGCGCUCUGUUCCUCUCCAAAUUCUACAACCCCAACACACACCGCACCGCCUACUUUUCCGACCCAACAUGGCCCAACCACUUCCAGAUCUUCUCCAACGUCGGCUUGCCUUACAAGACAUAUCCCUACUUCCACAAGGAGACACGUAGUCUGGACUUUGAUGGCAUGUACAGCAACAUCCAGGGCGCCGACGAAGGCAGCAUCGUCGUGCUCCACGCCUGCGCCCACAACCCCACGGGCGUCGACCUCACACAAGACCAGUGGAAGAGGCUCGCCGAGCUGAUCAAACAAAAGAAGCACUUCCCCUUCUUCGACACAGCCUACCAAGGCUUCGCGUCUGGCGACCUCGCCCGCGAUGGCUGGGCCAUCCGCUACUUUGUCGAGCAGGGCUUCGAGCUCUGCAUCGCCCAAUCAUACGCCAAGAACUUCGGUCUCUACGGCGAGCGCGCAGGCUGCUUCCACUUCGUCACCUCGCCUUCCUCGGACGCCUCCUCCACCGUCUCCCGCAUCGCCUCGCAACUCGCCAUCCUGCAGCGCUCCGAAAUCUCAAACCCCCCCGCCUACGGCGCCCGCAUCGCUUCCAAGGUCCUCAAUGACCCGGAACUCUUCGCCCAAUGGGAGAAGGAUCUCAAGACCAUGUCCGGCCGCAUCAUCGACAUGCGUAAAGCGCUACGGAACAAGCUUGAGGAGCUUGGUACCCCGGGGACUUGGAACCACAUCACCGAUCAAAUCGGCAUGUUCAGCUUCACUGGUUUAACCGAGAAGCAGGUUCUGCACUUGCGUGAUGAGUCGCAUGUUUACAUGACUAAGAACGGUCGCAUUUCCAUGGCCGGCUUGAACACGAGCAACGUGGACUACUUCGCCAAGGCUGUGGAUAAGGCCGUGAGGAGUGCGUAGGGUUGAGUUCACCAAGUAUAGACAUUAGUACGUCUUACUUUAGCUGUUUCUUGGUUUGUUACCGGGCGAGAGGGCUCGGGUAUUGGUGGACUGUGGUGUGUGGUGUGUGGGGAACCCUACUUACCUACCUACCUAUCAACACCAUACACGUCUAGACCUUUGAUGAUCAUGAAUAUUUCUUCCCCCUUUCCAUUUUCAUUUCUCCUCGUCUUCAUCCUCACUCUGCCCACUCCUUCCUCAACCUAAAAGCGUUUGUAUAUUAUACCAACGAUCCUGCGCAUGACCAGAGUCAACAAUGAAUCCCUUUAACACCUCCUUGUGACGAUACUGUAAAACGAAUAUGAAAAGAUUCAUUAUAAGACAAACGAGUACACUUACUUGAACCGAUCAAAUACCACUUCUUCCCGCCAGGUUACUCCAUACACAUAUAUUCAAGCUCUCCGUAUCUCGUUCCACUUAAACCUGCUUGUGAAGUCGAGUCCAUGUUUAAGUAGUUGAAUAAUUCGACCUCGGUCUCUGACAAAAAUAACACAAGCAGUACGUGCAACAAAAAACACUCACUGGACACAAAUUUACGCCCCACAAAAUCAGAGUUCUUAGAAUUCAAAGUUGUGUCAUGACCAUUUAUUCUUCUUCUGACUCCGAACUUGCUCACUUGACAAUU